AUGUAUCAUUGUAAAUGUUGUUUUAUUUGUUGCAAUAACAAUCUUAAUGUUCGUUGGUUUCAUGGUCAGUUUAGGUUUGACGACAGAACGUGCAUCAUCACCAAAAAAAUUGCCAGAAUGUCUUUCAAACUAAUGGACGUGAACAAAGAAUACGAGAAAGACAACCGCCUCAAUCGCCAACACGUGAAAAUGCUCUCCGAUUGGUUAGAAAAGCAGCCCCAUUUGCCCCAAGCCUCCGAACUCCAACUCAUCCUCUUCCUCCAGAGUUGUUACUACAGCAUCGAGGGGGCGAAAAACGCCAUUGACAAUUUUUUCACAGUCCGGACUUUAUGUCCAGACAUUUUCGGGGUUCCACCAAUCGAAAUAUUGAAACGGGAAUUAUCUGUUGGUUCAAUUAAUUUCCUCCCUGAGAAAACCCCAGAAGGUUAUGCUGUGGUGGUGAUGAGACUGGUUGAUACGAAACCUGAGCAUUACAAUUGUGUGAAUCAAAUCAAUUUUAUGGAUAUGUCAUUGAUGCUGAAGUUGCACCAGGAAGGGACUUGCAACGGAGUUUUGGCAAUUAUGGAUAUGAAAGGUCUUAGUUUUGGUCAUUUGACUAGAUUUAAUUUAGUUGCAAUUAAGAAACAUUUGUUUUAUGUUCAAGAGGCUAUCCCUGUACGAAUCAAGGGGAUUCACCACAUCAAUUUGGUGCCUUUUACUGAUAAAAUCAUAGCUAUGGUCAAACCAUUUAUGAAAAAGGAACUAAUCGAUUUGCUUCAUUUUCACAAUUCUAUGGAAUCGUUGUUUAAAUAUGUCCCGAAAAAUAUCUUACCAAAGGAAUAUGGUGGCGAUGCUCUUUCACUUGAAUCAUUGCACGAAGAAAACACCAAAAAUCUUUUAGAAAAUAUGGAUUUUUUCAAAUGGUUAGAUUCGUUUAAAGUCGAUGAGAGUAAACGACCUGGAAAACCAAAAAAUGCUGGGACAAUCUUCGGCGUUGAUGGAACAUUCAAAAAAUUAGAAGUUGAUUAAGGGUGUAAGAAAUAAUAAAAGAUAAUAUUCC